UAGGAAACCCCGCCUAUUUUCCCGGAAGUAACUGUCAAACUGACCGUGUAGCACUGAUUGUACUACAUCUGUUGAUAAGCAGAGAAAAGUAGGUAGAUCGGGGGAAAUAACGGUACACUUUUAAACAAACUCACAUAAAACAAUAAUGGAAAGUGUAUCCUCGCCGUUACGGUGCUUCGGCGAAUGUCACACCGCGGAGAAAUACACGGAUGACGGAGUGGAGACGGUGACUUCGGUAGAACAGAGAAAAGUCGAACGCAGUAUUCAAGAAGUAGUCAGUGUUUACAAGCAGAUACACAGCUUACCGCAGCCCACUCUAUUGAGGGACCAGCACUACCAGUACCUGAAGAAAGGAUUACGUCAUCUCUCCGAUGCUUAUGAGUGUCUGGACGCCAGCAGGCCUUGGCUGUGCUACUGGAUUCUACACAGUCUAGAGCUGCUGGAGGAACCUGUGCCCACCGCUAUCGCCUCAGAUGUGUGUAAGUUCCUGGCGCAGUGUCAGAGUCCUACUGGGGGUUUUGCUGGAGGUCCAUGUCAAGCUGCCCACCUGGCUCCCACCUACGCUGCUGUCAACGCACUCUGUAUCAUCGGCACCCAGGAGGCAUACAACAUUAUCGACAGGGAGAAGCUGCUCUCCUUCCUGUUCUCUGUGAAGCAGCCAGAUGGGUCCUUUGUGAUGCACAUAGGAGGAGAGGUGGACGUCAGGAGUACGUACUGUGCUGCAUCAGUGGCGUCUCUCACCAACAUCAUGACACCCACUCUGUUCCAGGACACUCCCACGUGGAUUGUCAGCUGUCAGAACUGGGAGGGGGGUCUCGGGGGCGUCCCUGGGCUAGAGGCCCAUGGAGGGUACACCUUCUGUGGGAUGGCUGCCUUGGUCAUCCUGGGGAAGGAGCACAUGCUGGAUCUCAAGUCUCUGCUGCGGUGGGUGGCCAGCAGACAGAUGAGGUACGAGGGAGGGUUCCAGGGUCGUUGUAACAAACUGGUGGACGGCUGCUACUCCUUCUGGCAGGCUGGGCUGCUGCCACUGCUACACAGAGCCCUCUUCAAAGGAGGGGACUCUACAUUGAGCCUGCAGAAGUGGAUGUUUGAGCAGCAGGCGUUGCAGGAGUACAUCCUCCUCUGCUGUCAGAACCCUGCUGGAGGGCUGCUGGACAAGCCUGGCAAAUCCAGAGACUUCUACCACACCUGUUACUGUCUGAGUGGUCUGUCCGUAGCGCAGCACUUUGGCAACAUGGAUCUGCACCACGAGCUGAUCGUCGGCCGGGAGGAGAACAGACUGGCCCCCAGCCACCCCGUCUACAACAUCUGUCCAGAGAAGGUAGCCCAGGCCAUCCAACACUUCCACCAGCUGCCUGUCCCCGUGCCUGCACAGAAAGAGGUGUCCUCGGCCUGCAACACUACUGCUGACCACUCCUAGUGCUCACAGUGUAGGCAUGGCUAUGAGCGUAUUUGAGGGGGUCAAUUUGAGCAUGAAGGCGAGGCUCCGAAUCGCUUAUCUUGAAUGAAUAGUUAUUUGGGAUGCAAGGUUUGUCUAUAUCGGUGAUUCUUUUGCACUACGACUGCAAUGAUAAACUCUGGGAUAAGGUAGUAGUGGCACAUAACCCCUUAUACAGGAUCAGAUAUUUUUGUCAUCCUCCUUAGGAUUCAGGGGAAAUCUGUUCCUAGAUCUGUGGUUAGGAGCAACUUCUAGUGCCUUCAGAAUGUAUUCACACCACUUGACUUUUUCCAAAUUUUUGAUGUUACAAAGUGGGAUUAAAAUGGAUUAAAUUGUCAUUUUUGGUCAACGAUCUACACAGAAUUCUACCUUUAAAAAAAAAAAAAGUUUUUAAAAAUAUUUAUAAGUUCACACAUUCUUUAAAAAGUAAUGGUUGUUAAUCAUUGAUAAGACUUGAAUGCCAUUUUCAAGUCUUAUCAUAGAAUUUCAAGUAGAUAUAAGUAAAAACUGUAACUAGACCACUCAAAUAUUCAAUGUUGUCUUGGUUAAUCAAAUCCAGUGUAGAUGUGGCCUUGUGUUUUAGGUUAUUGUUCUGCUGAAAGGGGAAUUCAGCUCCCAGUGUUUGGUAGAAAGAUUUUCCUCUAGGAUUUUGCAUGUGCUUUGCUCCAUUCUGUUAAUUUUUUUAUCCUGAAAAACUCCCCAGUCCUUAACAAUGACAAAUAUACCCAUAACAUGAUGCAG